UCAGAAGUUCCAAUAGAACAAAUCAAUCAAAUCCAGUGAGGUUCUCCAAAUAAAUAGAAGUUUAGAUAGAAAGAUUGCAUUUUCUUGGAAAUUCAAGCUUGUGGAUCGGAUUUCUCCUCGAUCUCGUUUCUUUUUCUUUUUUCUUUUGAAUUUGAUUUUGCUUUUUUUUUUGUACAAGGUUACCAAGCUGCUCAGUUUCCUUACAGUAGAUAGAGAAAGUGUUUGUGAAAAGAUGAGAAAGAUGGAUAUAAGAUAGAAAUACUGAAACCUCAAGUGUCUCUGAUAUCACCUGAUGCUAUCCUGGGUACGAUCUGUCCCUGAAUGCACUUUAGGAUGGUAUUGGAUAAUCCUUCACUUCCAGAAGGUCAUGUAGCAAGCACCUUGGGUAUAUUAAACCCAAAACAAAGAAUGUACUUAGGACGAUUGUCAAAGGAAACAAGGCGAUCAAGCUUAGGAUUGAAGAAGGCGUGUGGACUGAACCUCAGGUAAAUGAAACCCAAGACCCAAACCCUAACUUAGAACGCUCCUUUGAUAAUCAGCUGGUCGAAUGGCACCACAAGAUAGGAUGGAGAUAUCUUGAUAAACCAGAUUUGAUUGUAAGGAUAUUACCCACCAAACAUGACUUAGAACUGAGUAGAAAUGAGUUUGGUUCAUCAAAAACCAUUAAGUGGAUCAGAUAUCUAUCCGAUGGACUCUUAUGGACGAAUGGGUCGAUAGUCAUGAAGUAUUGAUAAUCUUUCAAGUUAGCUCGUUCCAAGCUUGAUCUGGCUCGACCAAGUUCUUCUUCAUGACUUCUUGGACGAGUAAAGUGACCAUAGUUAAUCCAUUUGAGCUCAUGAACCUUUAGUUCCACUCCAAGCUUUCUUGAUUGAACUCUCGGAUCGCCCAUAUCGCCGUGCUUGCCGGUUGGACUGGCAUGAUCGAUGAUUGGAUCGCUUGUCUCAUCCGUGCCGAUGUUCAAUCCGUGUUGGAUGAUGGUCGAGCUGAUCAAGAUUGUAUCAGUUUUACAAAGCUUAAGAGAGAUACUUGUAAGUUUCUUUAUUCUUAGACUUUUUUCUAAGAAACCUUAAAGAGGAUAAUCUAAUUGAAAGAAAGUUUGGAAAAUAAACCUUAUGUUAUGGAAAAAUUAUAUAUUUUCUUAGUUCUUACAAUUUUAGAUUUAACUACAAAGUUUCGGUUUUUGAUACACGGUCCUAUUUAGUGAUGGAUCCACUUGUUGAUUUAUGGUAUCAGUUGACACCACAAAUAAUAACAAAAACUUAAUUUGUAAGCUAAUUUUGUUGAUCAUUUGUGGUGUACUGGUUAGAUAGUGUGGGAAUGCAUCCACGGAAUGGGGGUUCGAAUCUCCUCAACAACACCUUAAAAGCCUAAUUUUUUUUUUUUGGGUCCGCCACGGGUCUGCCACUGGUCCGCCACUGGUCCUAUUAGGGGGGAAGUUGUGUGUUGGGAGUACAAAUACUCAAUCUUAUUUCACGAUGAUGACCCCCCAAAAAAAAAAACUCCUAAGUGCCCAUUAAAAUGCAUAUGUUUUUCAAUCAGACCCGUUGCUACUAUGCACGAACUUUCAUCCUAGGGUCCGCGGAACCCAGAAUUGACAUCGAGUUAAUUAUGCUUGGUUUGACACAAAACUAUCCGACUAAUAAUCAACGGUUGACGAUUACGGUCCAAAAAGGGUACAAGGAAUUCAAAAAGACACGUUUUGUCUGAAAAAUUAAAUGUUUAAUUUAUUCCGUCAAGCAGAUGUUUUUUCCUACUUUUUAAACUUUCAUACAUACAUGCAUACGUAUUAAACCAAACACCAACCAGCUUAUAAAUACCAUUAACCUAGAGAAAACGUGAAGAAGAUCCUCUCUCCAUUAAAACUUUCUUCCUUCAUUUGCCCAAAAAUCUAAAGAUUACCUGAAUUUUAAUUACCAAAAUAUAAACCAAUCUUCAAGCACAUAAAAACAUGUCCGAUCACCAGAAAAUUCAUCCGGUGAGCGACCCGGAAGCUCCACCUCCGGCACAUCCAACGGCUCCUCUAGUCCCACGUGGCUCCUCAAGAUCGGAACACGGUGACCCGACCAAAGAAUCUGUGACGCAACCACCACUGUUGGAUACUCCUCCGAGGAAGAAGAGAGGAAGCUGUUGCUGUAGGUGCGUGUGUUACACGCUCCUAGUUAUUUUCCUCCUUAUUGUCAUCGUUGGAGCGGCCGUUGGUAUUCUCUACCUUGUCUUUAGACCGAAGUUACCGGAUUACAAUAUCGACCGGUUACAGCUCACCCGGUUUACACUUAACCAAGAUUCCAGUUUGUCCACUGCGUUUAACGUCACCAUUACCGCCAAGAAUCCCAACGAGAAAAUUGGAAUCUACUAUGAAGACGGAAGCAGAAUUAGCGUCUUGUACAUGCAAACCAGACUUAGCAAUGGGUCGUUGCCGAAAUUCUACCAAGGACAUGAGAAUACGACUAUUAUAUUCGUAGAAAUGACUGGUUAUACUCAGAAUGCAACCAGUUUAAUGGCGACACUGCAAGAGCAACAACAGUUAACCGGAAGUAUACCGUUGCGGAUUAGAGUUAUACAACCGGUUCGGAUCAAACUCGGGAAAUUAAAGCUGAUGGAAGUAAAGUUCAUGGUGAGGUGUGGUGUAUCCGUUGAUAGCUUGGCUGCUAACAAUGUGAUUAGUGUUAGAAGUAGUAACUGCAAAUUCAGGUUUAGACUAUAAUUUCAUUUUUUUUUCUAAAUUCAAAAUUAUUUAAUUACUGUGUUUAUUCAGCAAUUUGCAUUACAAUAUGGAGGGGUUGAGUUUCAAUUCGUAGUACCUCCCCCCACCCCAAAAGACGAUCAUCUCCUUUGCUUUUGUUUUUAAAAGAGAAUAAACAAUUUUGUUUCACACCUUGUAACCUUGUAAAUAAUUAAUAAAUAAUAUACACUUUUGUUUGUUGUUUGUUCA